CGUACAUGCUCCGUCAGUCAUCUUUUCAUAUCACGAUUACAAGAGUACAGUAUACGCAACGAGAGUCCGAGAAUAUAUUUGUACGCGAUUAGUGCAUUUGCAUUGUAACUGAAAUUAAUUUUUCAUAUUUUUUAAUUACGUGAAAUUGUGUUAUUGAAAUAUUGUUUCAAAAAUUAAAAAAAGAAUGGAUAGUCCAUUACCACAUAUUAUGGAAAGUGCGGAUUGUGAUGGUUUAACAAAACCAAAAGACAGGUUAUUCAGCCUUCUUGAUCAGAUCGAAGUACAUGUAGAACAAUUGAGAAAAGAUGCUUGGAGACUCGAAGAAGAAAGGGAUACUCUCUUGACAACCUUAGAUACUCUCAGAAACAAUGAAAUUCUUAGUGCAUUAGAAGAGACUGACAAAGAUGAUGUGCUGAGAUAUGCUGAAAGAUUGUCUAUGCGAUGUUUAACAGUUGAUGUAUUGGUUAAAAUUCAACGUGAUCAGAUUCAAGAAGAAGCAUUACAUCAAGUAAAUGGUUUGAUUGAUAGUCUAGUUGUUGGUCUUCGUAAUGAUCCAGCUGGAACUCGACAACGUUGUGCAUCUUUUAUGAAUGCUUGUACCUCACAAAAUGUUGGCCAUUCUGAUAAAAAUUUUGAAACAGCAAUUCUUGGAUGUACUAUGGAUGAUCAAAAACGAAUAAAAAAAAGAUUACAAGGAUUAUUAGAUUAUAUUGAUAAAAUGCAUACAAUUCAAUUACUAUGAAGUUAUAUUGAAAAUAAUUGAUUUUAAAGAAAACUGAAUAAAUCACUCCUUAAAUGAGCAAUAGUUGUUCUAAAGGAGAUUUGCAAAAAGUUACUUAAGGCAGGGUGCUUCAUGAUAAUUCAAUGAUGAUUUUUAUGGUAAAUGUAAAAAAAGUAUUAUAUAAUGUGAAUUAUUUUCCACGAUAUAUAUAUUGUUUCUAUGCCUUACUGUAUGUGUAAGUAAGGUUUUAUGGAUAUUACAUUUGUAUUUGAACAUUAAUUAUGGUAGGAAGUAUAAAUAUAAAAUUAAUAUAAAAAAAUAUUUUCAUACAUAAUAUAUUCACAUAAAAUUUUUUAAUAAAAACUAAGUUUGUGUAUGUUUUAAAUAGUUAUAAUAUAUAAAUAAAAUAAAACUAUGUUAAGAAUAAUAAUUUUAUUAGAAUCUAUAUUUGAAAAGAAGGAAAAUGAAUAAUAAAUAAAUGUGUGUAAAUCAUGACAUUUUAUAUUCAUUAAUCUUUAAUGAUUUAAUUGUGAGUAAAUACUUACUAAUUUUCUUUUUUCUUUAAAAGAUAUAAAAACAUAACAUAUUAUUAGUAUUUUUAUAGUAUUUGUUCUUUGUGUGGAUAUUAUACUUAUGUGAUUACUGAUUGACAUAUGAUAUACUUAUGUUAUUAUCUAUAAUUUAUUAUUAUCUUAACUAUUUAAACUUAAUAAUGCUUCCUACUAUAAAAAGACUAUUAAGGAAUGUUAAUGAAAAUUACAUAUAAAUUAUAAUUAUAGAUUUGAUUUUUUAAUAUGUUAACUGUUAUUAAUGGUUAUAACUUUAUUAUAUUAUUGUAGAUAAAGUUAUCAUAUUUGAUAUAAAAUUUAUAAUUUUCUUUAUAUUACAAUUAUUAUAAAAAAAAAUAAGAAUUUCAUAUACAGUUUGGCAAGAUUUUCAAAAGUUAUUUAAUUUAUGUGAAAAUUAAUUUUUUUUUUAUUUCAUGUUAUUGUAUAAUGUAAUUAUUUCGUUGUUAAAAUGAUUAUUAAUAUAUGAUAUAGUGCAUAGAUA